UAAAAACAGGUGAAGGUGUGUUUACAAAAUUUAAAAAAAAGUAUUUCGCAAUUUGGAUGCAAAAUUCAAUUAUAGAUAUUACGCAGGAUAAAAGGAUUAUGUAUUAAAUAGUGAUCAUUUGUGUACGACUUAAAUCAUUUUAUAGAAAAUGGACAGACGCUCGCGAUAUGAGGAGCAUCGACGACAUGACAAAGACCACUACCACCGUGAUAACAAUUCUUACGACAACCCAGGCUACAACAGGGAUGGUAAUGGUCAAGGGUAUGGGCCAACUGGCUAUACACACAAAAACUAUCUAACCCCAAAUAUUAAUGUUUGGGAUCCUAAAAAUUUUCCUCAUCAUGGAUAUCCAGCUAGUCAUCACCAUGGAGAAAAUCAGAGAGCAGGUUCCGAUCAGCCUCUGCAUGGUAGUAUAUCUUCUGAUUCAACAUCAGGAACGAAGUCUCGGAAAGCUAUAGCCAUUGCUAUAGGAUUAGGACUUUUAAUAGUUGUCGGAGGUGCAAUAGCUGUAGCUGUUUAUUUUACUAGUCUUACUGAUGUUCAGAGAACGACUGUCUCGACAAUACCAACAACGACACCUGUUCCACCUCAGGAGCUGAAGUUUCAAGGAAACAUAACAAUUGAUAACAGCUGGGAUGAAGAUUUGAAAAACUCUUCUUCGCCUGUAUACAAACAGAAAGCAGCAAAUGUUUCAAAUAUGAUAGACAAAGUCUACAAGUCUAGUGACCUAAAAGAUAUAUAUCUACGAAAUGAGGUUGAAGGCUUCAGACAAGGCAGUACAGAGGCAAUUAUUGAUAUUAUCUUCAAGAACCCUGCAGUAGUCAAAGAAGAUGUUUCAAUUUCAACAGCAGCGCCACCUGUUGUGAAGUUGGAUAACAAAAAGAUUGCUGAGACUUUUGUUAAAAGUGUUGAGAAUGGUGAUUUGGAAGAGUACAAUGAUGUGUUUGAUAUUAACACAAAUACAGUCUCAUUUGCUGAUAUCACACCACCAGCCACAACUACUUCACAAACAACAACACCAACAGCGACUACUACAGUACCAGCUACCACAACACCUGCAACCACAACACAGACUACAACUACACCAACUACUACAACACCGACUACUACACCAACUACUACACCAACCACUACACCAACUACUACUACACCAACUACUACUACACCAACUACUACAGUACCAACUACUAAACCAACUACUACAGUACCAACUACUACACCAACUACUACUACAGUACCAACUACUACAGUACCAACUACUACAGUACCAACUACUACACCAACUACUACAACACCGACUACUACAACAACUACUACACCAACCACUACACCAACUACUACACCAACCACUACACCAACUAUUACACCAACAACUACUACACCAACUACUACAGUACCAACUACUACACCAACUACUACAGUACCAACUACUACAGUACCAACUACUACAGUACCAACUACUACAGUUCCAACUACUACACCGACUACUACAGUACCAACUACCACAACACAGACUACUACUAUGCCAGCUACCACACCAACUACCACUACACCAACUACCACAACACCUACAACCACAAAACCUACAACCACAACACCAACUACCAUACCAACUACCACACAGGCUACUACAACACCAACUACUGUUCCGAUAGAAUCUCUUGUUGUGUUCUAUAUACAAGUUCUGAUGAGAAACAUGACCUGGAUUCCUGCAUACAAUGACACUGGCUCAGCAGAGUAUCAAAGCAUACUUCAGACUGUUAACCAGAUGGAGGCCAGCCUGAGACAACAGAUGUUAUCUAUGGAUAAUUCACCUACAAUGUCUAACACAUCACCAAUAGCAGAAAUCUUGUAUCGACUUGUCUUAACAGGUGCUCGGUAA